UCAGACGUGUGCAAAGCUCCAGCCCUGAAACGAAACCAAAACUGUUUUUUUAAAUGGAAAGCUGAUACUGGUAUCACAGAACAAGUAAGCAAGAUAAAUAAUACAAUAUCUGUGAAAACAUAAAAAUCUGAUUUGGUCUGAUUCUUCCUCCUCAUCAUCUUCACGGUGUACAACCCUCAGAUGAUGGAAAAUGAAGAGGGGGUGAGUUAUUCUCAAACCAAUGCAGGCAGUGGGAAGUAUUAUGAGUGGCAGCUGUUGGUUGGGAACAUGUGGCUUCGAAUUGACAACGAUCAUGUGAUCGAGACUCAUUACUGCCAGCCUGGAGCUAAAGGAAUCACCAUAAACACAAGUCAAGGACAGGUUUUCAUAGACUUCAAUAAGUUGCAGACUCUCACUGCAGCACUGAAGGUGCAGAGACUAAGCUUCCUGCCUCAAGGCCAGACAGAAGAGAUGGGCUGGUAUUUCAGAGAUGACCAACUGUGGUGUGAAUAUGGAUCCCAGAGUUCCAGCUUGGUGGCCUCAUCGGUCAGCAGUAAAGACAUUGAGCAGCACUUCAGUAUGAACCCUCACGGAUCCCUCAGAUUCACAGUUGGACUCACAAGCUAUUUACUUGAUUUUUCCACCAUGACCCAAACAAACGUCAUCACAGGGUUGUGCAGGAACAUACGCAGACGUCCAAAACUCAGCUCCAUCGGUAAAGGCUUUCACCCCACCCCAGUCCUGCCUACAGUUUCCCCCUUCCAGCUCCCCAAAGAAUGCUACAAGUGGGAGUUUAUGGGAGAUGAAGGGCAGUGGAUAGAGUACCAAGCACAUAUAUGCUCAUUUGACAGUGCUGCCAUUGAGAAACAGUAUCAGCAAAACCAUCAAGGCCAGCUUCACUUCUGGAUCAACACAUUCUCCUACAUCCUGGAUUUCUCAAAAAUGUGUCAAACCAAUAUGAAGAUUGGGACCACCAGGUCAGUGAGGAGGAUAAAGCAAAGCAGCAGCUCAGCUGCAAGUCCACGGUGGCAGUUCCUGGAUGUGGAUGGGAUGUGGAAAGAUUAUUCCAAAGGACGUCAUCAGUGCAGCAUUUCCAGUCAGGACAUUGAACACCAGUUCCAACUGAACCCAUCAGGUGUUAUGAAAUUUAACACCAUGAAAUUUUGCUAUGAACUUAACUUCUCAGCCAUGACUCAGAGGAACCUGUCCACAAACACCACCAGGUCAGUGAGGCGACGUCAGCAGUGACUGAGGCGACAGCAGACGGGGAGGAUGGAGGUCCGACACAUAACAGCACUUCCCGUGCUUUUUCUUCAUAAGCCGCCUCUUUUCUUUGUUGUUUGUUGGGAUUGUGGGACAAUAAUAACAAAUCAAACUGCCACAUUUUUCUUUCUAUGUUUAAUCUGUGCAAAGACACCAUAUCCCUCAUAUGCUGAUUAUUUUACCAUAUUUCCUCACUGAAAUAUGAAAGGCCUCCAACCAUGAAGAAACAUACCUUUUGCUUGUAAAUUCAGCCAUUGCAAAGAUGUGAACAAUGCCAUCUUCUAUCAUUCUCCACAAUUUCAAACUAGAAACUGUGUUGAUUACAAAUACUUCCAAAGACGGUGUCUAAAAACAAUAAUGUGAAUGAAACCAACCAGCUGCAAAGAUUAGAGAAUAAAGAUGAUUCAACAAAAACACCCAAAACACCAAACACCAAAAAAAAACCAGGUGGAUUUAAACUGGUGCAGAGGGACUAAAAUGUCACAUAGGAGCAAACCCAC